CUUUUACCUGGCACAGGUAGCAUCAUGUGAUUGUUCCUUCGUUUAUGAUGGACGCACAAAACAUAGAUUUCGUGAAAUUUAAACAAUAACCAUUCAUGGAUAUAAGCUGCUUGGACAGGUGUGUUCGGGUGGACACAGUUCUACAAUGUAACUAAAACAAGACGACAGUGCCGCGGAAAAUACCUUUCCAUCAUGCCUGCAGCUAGGCGGGGUCUUGUGGCACCCCAAAAUACUUUCCUCGAAAACAUUAUCAGACGAUCAAAUGGACAGCAUAACAACUUUAUCCUGGCCAAUGCGCGGAUCGUCGACUACCCGAUCGUGUUCUGUAACGAGGGAUUCUGCAAGCUGGCCGGCUACAACCGCGCCGAGGUGAUGCAGAAAAGCAGCACGUGCAGCUUCAUGUGCGGCGACCUCACCGACAAGGACACGGCGAAGACGAUCGAGAUGUCCUUCGAGACGCUCACACAGAAACAGGUGGAGAUCCUCCUCUACAAGAAAAACAGAACUCCGCUGUGGUUGCUGAUGCACCUUGCUCCAAUCAAAAACGAGAAGGAUCAGGUUGUGCUGUUCAUGUGCACGUUCAAGGAUAUCACCGCCCUCAAGCAGCCAAUAGACGACGACAAUGCACAGGGCUUAAACAAGUUUGCAAAGUUAGCAAGGUCGGUAACAAGGAACCGUUCCACACUUCUCCAGUUUUCCUCAACCGUUCCUAAUACCCAGUUUGAUAACUCCAAACCUUCACAAAUUGCAAAUAUGAUGAACCUAAACACUGACGUCCUGCCACAGUACCGACUGGAGUCUCCGAAAACCCCUCCGCACAUCAUCCUCCACUACUGUCUGUUCAAGACGUUCUGGGACUGGAUUAUCCUCACCCUCACCUUCUACACAGCUGUCAUGGUGCCGUACAAUGCAGCUUUCAAAAUCAAAACUAUGGACCAACUUCCGCUUCUGGUCAUAGACAGCAUGGUGGACGUGGUGUUUUUUGUGGAUAUAGUGCUAAACUUCCACACGACAUUUGUGGGGUCGAGCGGGGAAGUGAUUUCUGACCCAAAAAUCAUAAAAAUGAACUACUUGAAAAGCUGGUUUGUCAUCGACCUCCUUUCUUGUCUCCCCUACGAUGUCUUCAACGCUUUCCAGUAUGUCGAUGAUGGCAUCAGUACCUUGUUUAGUGCUCUCAAGGUUGUUCGACUUCUUCGUCUGGGUCGCGUCGUCAGGAAGUUAGACCACUACCUGGAAUAUGGCGCGGCCAUGUUGGUUUUACUCAUCCUUGUGUUCAUUCUGUUUGCUCACUGGUUUGCCUGUAUCUGGUAUUCCAUAGGAUAUACUGAACUUCAGGGCAAUGUGACGUUUGGUUGGCUCCCAGAACUUGCUAAAAUUACUAAACAGCCGUUCGCUCGACCGAACACUUCCACGACCGACGACCUCAUAGGAGGUCCGGCGAGAGAGAUGCGUUAUUUGACUUCGCUGUACUUCACGUUGUCUUGUAUGACCGGUGUUGGUUUUGGAAACGUGGCGGCCAAUACUGAAGCGGAGAAGCUGUUUUCUGUGUUCAUGAUGAUCAUUGGAUCGUUGCUGUAUGCGACCAUCUUCAGUAACGUAACGACGAUAUUCCAGCAGUUCUACGCCAGCUUCGCGCGCUACCACGACAUGUUGAACAGCGUGCGUGAGUUCAUGAAGCUGCACGACGUGCCCAAGUCGCUCAGCGAGCGCGUCAUGGACUACAUCGUCUCCACGUGGGCCAUCACCAAGGGCAUCGACGCUGCAAAGGUCUUGAACUACUGUCCCAAGGAUAUGAAAGCCGACCUGUGUGUUCACCUAAACCGGAAGGUGUUUUUGGAACAUCCGGGUUUCCGACUAGCGAGUGACGGGUGUCUGCGCGCGCUGGCCAUGCAUUUCAACAUGACCCACAGCGCCCCGGGGGACCUCAUCUUUCACCAGGGAGAAAGUCUCGACGCCCUUUGCUUCGUCGUGUCUGGUUCGUUAGAGGUCAUCCAAGAUGAAGAAGUGGUUGCUAUACUUAGCAAGGGUGACGUAUUUGGUGAUAGAUUUUGGAAGGAGCAGACGAUUGGUCAGUCAACUGCGAAUGUCAGAGCGUUGACCUACUGCGACCUUCACUCCAUCAAACGAGAUCGACUGCUGGAAGUCCUCGACUUCUAUCAUGCAUUCGCCAACUCGUUUGCUCGAAAUCUCACCCUCACUUAUAACCUCAGACACCGGCUCAUAUUUCGAAAAGUGGCCGAUGUGAAAAAAGAAAAGGAAUUAGCUGAGAAGAGAAAGAACGACCCGCCACUAGAACUGGCCAAUGACCACCCUGUUCGUAAACUGAUAUCGCGGUUCCGCAAAAUCAGCGAUGCCAAACAUGCGCACACAAGUUCCGACGCUGAGCGGGGAAUGCCGAACGGAAUUGUGAGCAAUCUGAACAAUGGCGAACGUCCACGAAGUGGGACUCGGUUGAUUACGGUUUCCGAACAGUCCGGUACUUCUGCUAAACUCAGUAGUGUGUCUGAAAACAUUGGCGCCUCCAAGUGGGGCAAGUUCAUGGGCGGAUUAGGCGGUGGUAGUACUAAGAACAAUGCGGACAGCAACCAGAACAAAAUUCCUCUAAAUGACUUGAAACCAGCCAAGAAAGCUGUCGAGGAAUCGGGAACCGCAACGUCGCAUGUUACCAGCUUCAAGACGUCAAAGUGGGGUAAGUAUCUGGAGAACCACCCGGAACCCAUUCAGGAAUCGCCUAAUGAAGAGGUCACUCCGAAUCUGAAGAAGACUGACUCGGCCGAUAGUGGAAUCCUACAGAGCAACAAUCGGCUCGACCAGAUAGGGGAGGUCAGUGCGAGUUCUGCUGUGCCUAAGCGGAGUGCACCUGACGUCAGUUUCGGUCUGUCUGUGGCCGAGCAGCAUAUGCUGACGUCACUGUACAACAUUCGUUUGGAAAUCAAGGAGGAUAUGGAUACGAUUGGCCAAAAGAUGAACAGAAUUGACGAGCAAAUGAGAGAGAUUCUGAGAUUCUUCUCCCCAUCUUCCACGCCUUGUUCAUCGUUCAUGUCCACCUACCCCAGCUCGCGCUACAACUCCAACAACAUCACAUCAUCUAACAGUGCGGAGCACUCCCCCAGACAUUCCGACCCUUCAUCGCCCGGGCAGUUCAAAUCAGACACUACAUCAGAUCAAAAGCCCAGUUUGUCCAGCUCAAUAACUUCUGUGGAGGAGGUGUCGCCGGAAAAGAGUAGUCCCAAUUCGUCGUCUAGUUCCAAAGGGAACCAGAGCAGACGAUCCAGUAAAGUGUCCAGUGGGUCUGUUGCAUCUAACACUAGUGUAGCUAGUUCAGGGAAGAGGAAGUCGCCCGAUUCCAAGGGCAAAGGCGGAAAGGUGUCUCAAGAAAGCGCCGGUCUUCCGAAAGAUGACGAGAGCAUACGCGUUAAGGACCAGGAUCUUGACAUAUUGUGAAAUAUUCUACAGUUCCAUAUAUUAUGGGUUAUUUGCUAAUUUUACGAAUAAUAGUUUUAUUUUUCACUGUUAUCACCAUCCACCGACAGUUUCUGUGCAAUUUAUCUCCGUCCGUAUUGUAGAAGAGUAACUGCAUCUGGUGCCGUUUUGGAACAACCUGUCUGUUAGUGUGGCGCUGUUGGAUAGCAUGCAUUUUGUCCCUGUGAUGUGGAGUUGCAGCCAGUAAGAAGAACACGAAAUUACAUUAUUUCGUAACAGUUUUCGAAUCCAAUACCAUACCACUUAGAAGAAUUCUUGCAUAUGUGUUGUAUAUAAUGGUGGGUUUUAUUAAUCAAAAUGUUUCGCCUAAGACAUGCGAACAUCUAAUUAUAUUGACAAUUAAUGGCUGUUUACAUUAUACACUGAAAGUGAGCGAUAACAAAAGAAAGAGAAAAUGAAGGGGUUGUUUGUGUUUCGUUGUGGAUAGUAAUUUUGUGCUUUUUUUAUAUUUUACUUACACAUACUGUCAUCAAAGAUUAACACAGUUUUGUCUCUUUUUUUUUCAUUUUGCUUGUCAUACAAGUUCACGACAAGCGACAUAAGUACAGUGCGCCUUUAGGGGAAAGAAUACCGAAAAAUAGGAAUUUACGAAGCCUGUUUGCAAGCAUUGUAAAUGUAUGUAGAUACACGCUUGUAAGACAAAAACAGGCACUGUAAAUUCGGCCCAUAAGAAUUAUAUAAGUUACUUUAGCUCAAAACUAUCACUUUAGUUUGUAAGUGAAUUAAAAACCACUAUAAUUAUACACUUUUUCGAUUGUCGCAAUGCCACUACACCCUCUCCAAGCGCGAGCCUAUGCACGGACCUGCCUUGAUGUUUUAAUGUUCAUAAUGGAUUAUUGAAUAUUAGGGUUGUCAAAAUGGUGUUGUAAAUAUAAAUUUAUAUAUAUAUACACACACACAUAGGUGCACACAUAUACUCUGCAAAACUAUUAUGCACACACACAAUUAUGCACGCGCGCGCGCGCGCGCACACACACACACACAGACAGACAGACCGACAACACACACGCACGCACACUGUUUUACUAAAUUUAAAGGUGCUAUGCCUGAGUUUGCACUUAUUAAAAUAGACAGUAUGCUUGAGUUUUGCAGUGUCUAAAAUAGACAGUCUAUUAGUCUAUCUGCGUAAUAUAACCUAGAACAGUUUUGAAAUACAAAACAUGAUAUCAGCAAAUACACACAAAAACAUAUCUGGAUACGUAUAAAAUUAUUGUAGGCAAAAAUCAAUACCGAGCUAUUACAAAGAUUAGGAUGACCAGGCCUGGUGCUUAUAAAACUUUUAGAGUCUAGACUCGAGACUCUAAUAAAGUCUGAGACGGCAACGCCAUACAAAUUACAUGCGCGUGACAUCAUUUGAGAUUGAAUCUGGACUCUAAAAGCCCUGAAAUGCAUGGAUUAUACAGUUGUUUACUGAGGGCUAACAGCCAGGGGCUUAAUUCACAAAGCUCCCCUAGGCUCUAAGAAACACCGCAUCAUCUUUGCAAUUCUUAUUGCGUUGCACUGUGAGAUCGCAAAGUUACGAGAGUUUAGUGAAUUAAAACCCAGAACUGGCUUUGUCCAAAGUUAUAAUACAUUUUGUUUUCCCUACCCCAAAAUAUUGUACAAGAAUUUGUCCUCACCUCAUUAUGUUUAUUGGGUAAUAGCCACCAAAAACCUACUCCUUACAAAAGUCUAUCAUACUGAAUUUAUUAAUACUACUUUAUUAUAACUACAGGCAUAGGGCUAUUAAAAAAACAAAAAAACACCAUGAGAAUUUGCCUGCCCAUGUGAUACCAAUUUAUUAAAUGUUAGGGUCUGGCCCAUGGCUAAAAGUCGUGCAUUUCAAAUUAACAAGUUACAAGGUUUAAACAAUUCUGAACAAUCCCAAAAUAAAGUAAUUAUACGUAUUUGUUCAAAAUAUAUAGCUAAAUUAUAUCCCUCUUUUUAUAUGGUAUAUCCCCUAAAAUUAACUACAUUUACAAAAGAAAAAUGCGAAAUAAUGAACUGUUGUCAUUUUUAUAAAGAGUUUUAACUCUCAACUUUCGUUACAUGCUUUGUAUUUUCUAAGCAAGAAAACGUAAGUGUAUUGUAAUUUUAAUAUUGCCAUAUUAAUCAAAACGUGUUACAGAGGCCCUUUAAAUUAUAUUACUUUGUAACCAUUAUGGCUGAACACUGUUGGUUACCUUGCCUCUUUUAUUAUCAAAUAAAUCUCUGACGGACUGAUAACACUAAAAUACGGUCGACGUUGUAAAUGUCAAAAUGAGAAAGACAAAUAUGAUGUAAUGUCGAGUCCACAGAAGCUUAAUUGAAAACUCGUCUAAGCUUUCAGAUGGCUAAUGCCAAACAAACAGACGUUUCCGCUUUAUAAUAAGCAAACUUUUGAAUAGACCCUAUGCAAUUUGUGUCAUUUACUCUUAAAAUUAAUAUAAUAUCUGUUCGGUUUUAGCCUGCGCAACAAAUCCAAACCCCAGUAGAUUUCAUAUUUUGAAUUCAGGGUUUGUUUUGUGCGUAGGUAAAAAAAAAAACUAGGUACUAAAUUAACAGAGAAGAUGAUAUUCUAAAUAAUAAAUUCUAUUCUUGUGAACACGACAAUAGUUAUAAUUUCCCAACAAUGUUAUGGGGAUCUCCAUUAAAACUGUGUUAUUUAAGCAAAACAACAUCCAUAGCCAAAAUCACACAUAAAGCACCUCGAAUAUUCCAAGACGAUCAUGUCAUGUGUUCUCAAAUGGUGAUCAUAUCAUUCCAGGUAGGGUAUUUUGUAUGGUCGUCACUGUGGAGGUAGUUGGUAUGUAUAAGAAUUACACUAUGUUUAGUUUCUAACUUACAUUGUCAGACCUGAUUAUUGGGAUCACUAAAGGCUUCAAAAGCUUUUAGCCUUUAACUACAAGUAAAAAUACAAUUGGACCUACUUUUAAAGAGUUCACUAUAUGAAGGUAACAAGGCGCUUUUUUGUAGCCACUACUUUUGACUGUUUUAUAGCUGUAAGAACCUGGUAUGGGGCAGGGGUGGACUCUUUAUAUAUGACACUCCUAGUAUAACGUGUGCCCCCACCCCCACCCACUGACGUAUCGCUCCUACGGCACUGUUUUUACAGUUUAAGAAUAUAGUUAUGCUUCAUUCAUUUUAAUCAACUCAAGCUACACAAUUUUCUAACAUUUCCAGGUGUGCGUGUGCACAUACAUGAAUAGUUACUGGUGUUAAUGCAUAUUAUUAUGUGCGUUCGUGAAUGUGUCUGUGUGCUUUCGUGCAUGUGUCUGUAUGCGUGAGUAUGUAUGAGUGUACAUGUGUGUGCGUUUAAACAGGAUAUAGUGGUUUCACUUUUCUGGUAGAACUGUCGGUGAUGUACAUAAAUGAGAACCAGUUUUAAAAGAGCUUUGCAGAGAUGUUCCUAAACACCAUGCAGAAACAGCGUGUAUAUUUCUCUUAUCUACAUAUACCGAGAAGUGACCUAUGACGUCACUACGGUUUCUGACGGUAUUUAAUCACUAAGCUAAACCCUUGGGCAAAUGCUAAUUCAUUACAAUAAUAGUAUGGAAUUGGAUAUUAGUGACGGAUCCAACUUGUUGGUAAGAACUGUGUUCAGCUGGCCUAAUGUUCUACGUAAUUAUUACAGUGCAUUGGCCUACAUGGAUUUGGAGAUAUUUUGCAUAUUUCUAAUUAUAUUGCACUCUCAAAAAUGGCACAUUAGGGAGAAGAGAGGAGGUAAUCAAAUCUUAUAGAUUUGUUCCUUUAAGGAUACAGAGAUUUCUGAAUAUUAUUAAUAGAUUUUAAAAUAGAAUAAUUAUACACACGGUACAUGUUAUGUACAUUGAUACACAGUAGUUUGCUUCUUCAUUUACAUCAUGCAUUCUGCACAAAGAACAUUCAAGUUAAGUAAAUCAUAUCAAACAUGUGCACCGAUACGCAAAACAAACGUCAUGCUAUUUUCAAGGUACGUGUUUUAGAUAUUCAUUAUUCAUAAUCGAAUAAAACAUUUAUAUCUGUAACAAACAGAGUUUUAUAGCAAUCGGGAAAAUAAAAUAUUAAGAUGUCCGAUUCCAUUUGGACAAAUUCUGUUAACAAUAUACGAACGGAAAAUAGCUUAGUUUCUUUUGUGUGUUAAUAUAACUUAUUACUUGUCUCACGCAUUUUUAAAACCAAAACAUCAAGAAAAGACCCACGAAGUUUUGUGUAAACCAUCUUUCACUUGUUUAGGAAACAAAUAAAAUCUCAUGAUAAUAAAACCGGGAGACCGGCCUUGGUGGUUUUGUAGGUUCUGGGUGCCAUCCCGAUACCGACUCCGACCAACAACGCGUUUGACGACUCCGUGUGUAAGGCCACUACACCGACUUCUCUCCAACAAACAACUAAACACUAAUCCACUGUCCUGAACAGACAGCCGCAGAUACCUGAGGUGUGUCUCCAGGACAGCGUGCUUGAGCCUUAAUUGGACAUAAACACGAAAAUAAGCAUAGAUGAAAUGAAAUAAAAACCGGUGGAAUGUUCCAAAUAAUAUUACAUCGUCAUUGAGUGUUUCCAUGUGUUUAACAGUUGUCGAGUGGUUGCUUUGGGUUGGCAAGUAACCCAUUUAACCUUCAUGGGUAAGGGGUCUGCAGAUUUGUUUUAUGUAUGACAGGUUUAAUAAAAUGUUUGGAUGGAGUAUGAGCUCGUAGAAAGACUGUUGGAUUUAAGACUUUUUACUCAAAAUAUUAGAAUUUUUGUUCACACGUUGCAAGUUCCGUAAUCAAAUAUAUUUGUUUGGGUCGUAGCAACCCAUAUUUUGUGGACCAUUCUUAAUUAGGUUUUACAUAAUGCAAUUCUGCUUCACUGCAUAGCUACUAUUUGUUGUGAAUAUUAUCCCAAAAUCGUCUUUGAUUCUUCUUAAGAACAAAUUCUAUUGAAUUUAAUCCCUAUGUAUUAAUUUUUAUUAAUGUAGUAUUCGAAUAAGCAUAUAAUUCCUCAGUAUCUUAAAAAUAUAUCAAUAUUUGCUGCUAGUUGUCAAAAGUUAAUCACAUUCCAUUUCUAGAAAGGACCAGUGCAGUUUAGCACUAUUAAGAUUUACAUAUGUAUAUAUAUAUAUAUACAUAUAUAUACAUAUCUAUACAUAUCUAUCUAUCUAUCUAUAUAUCUAUAUAUAUAUAUAUAUAUAUAUAUAUAUAUAUAUAUUAAUAAUAUUAUAUAUAUACACACACAGUGAAACCUCUCAAAACCGGGCCCCUCUGUAAACUGGAAUUCCCUGAAAACCGGGCGUUUUUCAUGGUCUCGUUUUAAAUAUCUGUGCAGACGAGAACCUCUGUAAAGCGGAUACCUCUUAAGACUGGACGUUUUACUGGUAUAUAUAUAUAUAUAUAUAUUAGAGUUUAUGGGAUGUAAAGCCUGGCUGAAAUAUGUAGCAGGUCACCAACGGACGCAGACCGACGUAGAUGAAAUACCUUAUUUUUAUGCAAACAAAUACGCAGACACCUGCGACUUUGUUCUCAUAAAAACAUUUUUGUCCAGUCAAUCUUGGCUCCAAAAUAGCCAAUCCCAUCAAAACUGCAACAAAAGGUCUUUCUUUUGAUUUGCUAUAAAAAAAACCCCCACACCUGCAGAUGAAGAUACUAAAAGUCUAGAAAAAUAAACCAGCUCACAUUGUGUCUUUGAAUAUAUUAUUAACAAUAGUUGAACAUUUAAAAUCAGUAUAAAAUACAAAUUUAAAGUCAAGAUGUUGUCAAAUGAAGUAUUAUGGCAUUCAUCUUGAAAAAGUGAACUUCUCCUGCAUAAUUUUUCUAGACUUUUAAUAUAUUAUUUUGGAAACCAUUCUAAUAAGAAAACUGAAAAAAACGUUUUGUUGCAAUUUGUGGUGAAUUCAUCAUUUUAACUGAACUAUUUCUGUCGUCUGCAUCGGUCAACAUCAAUUGACGACCUGCUACAGAUUUACAGAUUUAAAAUAAUCAUGAUUUCGACAUAUAUUGUUCAAUAAAAACUAUUUUAUGAGAGAAAAACACUACACUUAUAUAAAGGAAUAUAUUGAGAUUUGAAAUUUAUCUGCUAGUCUUAUAUUUGUCUUUUAUACACACUUGCAGUUAUAGUUUCCUGCACGAGGGCCUCUUAAACAAUUUAUUAAAAACUAUCAGUAAACGUAUUUUCAAUUUUAAAUUCACUCUGUCAUUUAUGUACAACUCGUGGGGGACAACAUUAUCCAAAUGGUUUAGCUAAAAGGGGUUAACGCAUACUUUAACGUGUUCAGGGUGUUUUUCUAAGUUGUCACUUCACGUCACUUGUUAUACUCGUGUCUUUCAAAAGUAAAUUUGAAAUAUAAACAUGUGUUCGUCUGGAAGCCAGCACGAUUGAAUGUUAAUGUUCAUAAUAUAUAUAUAAACUGUUACACCUGUUACUUAUUAACAUGAUAUUUUCUUUAUUACUUUCAUGGAUCGUUUUCAUCUUAAAAUAAAAUAUUACCAAGCUGA